UUCAUUUUAUUUCUUAGAGAGACAGAGUGCAAGAGGGGGAGGGGCAGAGAGAGGGAGGGAGACACAGAAUCCAAAGCAGGCUCCAGGCUCUGAGCUGUCAGCACAGAACCUGACACGGGGUUUGAACUCACGAACCGUGAGAUCAUGACCUGAGCCAAAGUCGGACGCUUAACAGACUAAGCCACCCAGUCGCCCCAGAAUAGAAAAUACCUUUAAUGUGAUGUAACAGCAGAGACUGCGGGUGGGAACACUUUUUUAAAACGUUUUUUUUAAAUCUGAAUUUAUAAAGUGAAACUUCAUAAAUGAACGCCACUCUUGCGUUGUGUGGACCAACCUAUCUAUGGCCCUUUGUGCGGGGAGAGACUGGAAGAGGUUGGCGGCCGCUAGAAUGUCUGCUGUAGGCUGUUACUGAUGAUUUAAGCCAAUUAAACACACAGAGUGGUUAUUUUGGUGUCGUUUGGCAGAAAACUGUGAAAUGGUGUUGCAUGAUAAGGAAGAGCCCGGGGUACGUGCAGUUUCUUGUGCACAUGUGCUAGAAUCACUGCAACUCAUAAAUUCAAAUUACUUUUAAAAGCUGGCCAUGAUACAUUUGCUCAUUAACCAUAUGGAAAAUGGCACUCAGGAAUUUUCUACAGUGUAUUUUCAAAGAAAGAAUCCAAUUGCAGGCAGACAUUCCUUAGUACAGUGUUUAUGCAGCUGUACGUGUGAUUAAAUUACACCAGCUCGGGCCCCCAUGUAGCCACAGAACUUAUUAGUUUGAGUACAAAGUACCUUGUAAGAGUAUGAGAACUCUCAUUGUGAUGUGUUUUGGCCUCUUGGCCACUGUAUCAAGCAAGCAUCAAAAGUCAUGCAUGUGCUUAGAGGUCUCUGGAGAAGGAGCCGUGGGACAGAGCAGAGCCGCUCACACUGUAUGAGGAACUCUGACAGUCUACCAGGGGGGACUCUGGGAUUGCUGCUGUCAGCAGUUCCAACAGUGCAAACAGUAUGAAGAAGCUUCCACAGGGAUUGAAUUACUGAAGACUUCUGCUCCGUGUUUUUUGGUAUAAUUGAGAGCACAGAGGGAGCUUGAUUUCUCUGUCUUAUGAUUUGAAGGUGAAGACAAGAGCCUGCAGGGCUCUGUCAGAGUUAUGGGCAUGCUCAACCCAGACUUCAAAAAAAUCUAAUUCCCAUAAAACCUUACAAGGCUGAAUUGCUUACCUGAAUAUAAAAGAUUUACUUUCACUGAAUCAUUUAACACACAACCAUAUUAAUUGCAUUUUGAAAAAGCAAAGCAUAGAAUACAGGGCGACUGAAAAUCCACUCGGGUGUUCAAAGAGUGCUUCGGUGUUAAUGCACAUUUGAAAGUGAAACUGGUCUAUACAGAUGCUCUGACAUACUUGGCCACACACGAACACCCUUGGUUGUAUCUUUCGGAAAGAUCGCAACAUCAGUGUUCAUUGUUAUCUCUAUUGACAAUGAGUUAAUACCCCUUGUCUAUAGCCAAAGUGGAGGUCUAUCCAGGAUUUAUACUUGGCCGGUGGAUGUAACUAUUAUUCUGAUUGCACAAAAAUAAAUCAGAGUCAAAAAUGCCAGCUGGCCAUCUUAUGUCACUUUCAGCACGGAUGGUGAACUGAGGGCCCCUCUCCCUGAUAGAGAGCGCAAAGGGAGGGGCAGCAAUGUGACCUCCUUGUGAUGUAACCAUCAUCCCCUUCCUUUUUCAUGCAUAGUCUCACCCAAGUGCUUCCCUUGUAUGGGGAGAAGCCAACCGUGACAACUUAGCCUCCCCCCCCUCAUCCCCCCUAAGGGCAAAAAUCUCCUGAGAUGUGCCCCCAAAUAGGAACGCAAAGCAUUGCAAACCCCCCCCCCCACCAUACAGUUUAAAUGAAACUGAUGAUAACACACAGAAUUAUUUUGAUGAUGUUCCUUGUUUCUUGCCUUGCAAAAAUAUGGUCAAAAGACAUGAAAAAAAAAAGUGAAUCCUCCUUGGAAUGGUAGCUUGCUGUUCGGACUCAUGUGCUGGCAUGGGAGAAGUGUUUUGUACACACACUCUCCUCGCUGCCACUUAACCUCAUCCACCAGGGUGGGCUGUGCUGCCCUAUCUAGAUGCCUUGAACAUCUUUAGGCAUCCUUCCAUCUGAAACCAAAUUAACCCACUACAGGGACAGCCCCGGAAGGCACAGAAGCUGCAAAUGUAUUUACACAGUUAACCAGCAUACUUUAUUUAACUAUUCCUACUUCAAGCUUUUAGGAGAAAAAAAAUACCACCCUAGAACAAAUACCAAUUGUUAGCUUCACUUUCACAUUGCCAGCAAGCAGAUCUUUUCCAACUGGGAGUAAUAUCCUGUUAGCUAUGUUUAAUUCUUAUUUUACCUGGGGGAUUGAGAGUACCAAAUGAUUUCAGCUGCUCAGGCAUUACAUUUCGGUCUGUCCUCUCCUUCUGCCCCUGUCUUCCUCACACACUCCUUCUGGGACCUUCUUACCAUUUAUAGUGAAAGGAUAGGUUUUCUCUAAACCCAACCCUAUUCAGAAAAGGAACCUUCUGAGAUGCGGGGAGGGGCACGCAUGCUCACACUCACACCCCCCCCCCACACACACACUGCACUCCACACAUACCACUCUACCUGUGCUAUGGCAGUGCCCCACACCUGCAGCAUAACCAUUCAUCCUUCAUGGGAUCCACUUCCUUUUCUGCUUUGCAAAAUGCUUUGGAGGAGGGAUAUACGUACGUGUAACUUUUGGUUAGAGGGAGUUUACCUUUGGCCAUGAAAUGGAUACUGUGUGCAUGGUGUUACCACAGGCGUUCUGUUCCAAUUGCAUUGUGUCUUAACAACAAAGCCCCCCGUGAAACUCAAUAAAAUUACCAAUUUCACAGUUGAUUUUCUUCCUGCUCUGCUCUGCAGCCCUCACACUCCUGGCCUGUCUCCACACACUGCAGGGGAUGGUGUCGGACCAAACCAAUAACACGGUGCUAAAAAGGGGCUUGAUAUAAACCAGGCUGAUCUUCAUUCUAAUUAGUGUGUCCAGCAACUUUUAAAUCUUUGAACCAGCUUUGUCAUAAAAACGAUGCUAUCACUUUAUUAAGAAUUGAAUGAAGUCUGUUACGUGUUUGGUUGAUCAGAACGCACUGUUCUGUUCGAUUCGGGCCAUAGUUGCAUUGCACAGAAAAUAUGUGGAUCCAUUUUAUUUCUCGUACUACACUGUAUUUCCUCCUGAUAUUAUUGACUGUGCUAACUUUGGUAAUUUAAAAAUCAAUCAAAGUCAUGUGACCUAAGGUAUAUAAACCUUGGAUCAUUGAUUCAAAACCAGGCAUUCUAGAUCUAAUUCAGCUACUGCCUAGCGUUGUGAUCCUGAAUUAUAGUCUCUCCUUGUCUCUGUUUCCCCACUAAUGAAAGAGUAAAAUAGAAAAAGAGCAACUGAGAGAAAAUAUAUACAAGUGCUGUUUUAUUUUAAUCUUUAGAUUCAUAGUUAAAACAAAUAGUAAAUGUAUUUUAAGGCUCAGGU